GCUUGGUUUCCUGCCGAGCUGCCAUUUUGUAUUCCUGCAUUUCUUGUCCGUCCAACUUGAUAAUGACGAUCGAAUCAGCUAGUUUAUUCAAUCCCGAAUAGGUUCUUCGUCAAAUUUAUACAUUGAAUCAACGUUUUGAUAUUCGUAGUGAAGUUCACUGACAAGUUGGCAGCUGUUUUUUUGUAACGUUAGCAGUUUAGCACCACUGAGUGGUGGAACGGUGUUAGCUUAGCAUUUGUGCUAGCCUGUCUGCUAGCGAAGCCGUCCAAGCUAGCGUCAAGCUAGCUUGAUCGAGGCGAAAUGGCGGCCAACGCGGCACAAGCACCCCCGAAAAAUAACUGGUCUUAUGUUGGUGGAGGUCCAGAAAAUCACGUUACAGAAAAUCCCGAAUGGGAGAAAGCAAGGCAAGCACUUGCCUCUAUUAGCAAGAGUCCAAAAAAUGGCAAGAAUGCACAAGGCAACCUGACCGCAUUAGAGUUUCAGGCAGGAUUGAAUGAUGCUGCCAUGCAGCACCAACAAUAUUAUCAAUGGUAUCAGCAAAAUCCGCCUCAGUAUCCAGGAUACACAUAUCCUUAUAACUACUACUAUCCAAUGAAUCCGUAUGGAGUUGGAUAUCCACAAAAUCAGUAUGCAGUUCCCCAAGGACCUUAUCAAGCACCUCCACCCUCAAAUGGGCAGCCUCCCCCGGUUCCUGGAAUGGAUGAACCGACUCCCAACUACCCUUCUCAACCUCAACCCCCCUCCACUCCUCAGCCGCCCCAAAGCCCAACCACCUCAGAAAAACCUGUUGCUCCUCCGCCCCCACCCUUACCUCCCCCACCCAAUUCCCAAUACCCCCCUCCUCCACCCCACAAUGCCUACAGUUCCAAUAAUUCUGUGCCAUAUCCACACGGGGACCCCAACCAGAUUUACAACUCAUGCCCUGGACGUCCCAACUACGGGCCUGGCUUUCAGGCUCCGAACAAUUAUCAGCCCCCACAGAGUCCGACCCAGAUGCAAGCCGGGCCGUACGGAGCCGGAAUUGGCAGAGGAGAGGCUAAUAAACCCAAACCGCAAAACCCAGGACAGCAACUCUGGCAUCGCAUGAAACAGUCCCCUGGCACUGCCCCAAUGAAGUUCAAUAUUCCCAAAAGGCCCUAUCAGGUCACUGUUUCUAACCAGGCAUUCUCACCAACUGAGCAGCCUACUGGACCACCUCCAGCCCCUUCGUCUCCUGUGAAUGCAAACGCAACACCUCAGACGCGACCGCAGGACUGGCCACCAGCCAUGAAGGAGUACGUGCAGCGAUGUUUUACUGCCUGCGAGUCGGAGGAAGACAAAGAUCGCACGGAGAAGGUGUUGAAAGAGGUUCUGCAGGACCGCUUAAAGGAUGGAUCCGCUUAUACUAUUGACUGGGAUCGUGAACCGUUGCCCGAUUUAAAGGGAAAACAACAGCCUCGCUGGCACGCCGUCCCACGAAGUGUGGAAUCCUCAAUCAUUAGGGGUGGAAGUACAACUGCUUCGUCUCGAGGCAGAGGCCUAGGUCACCGAUUGGGCAACUACAGGAAUGUUUUUUCUCAGCGUAGCCCGUCUUCUAGUUCCUCACGCUCAUCUUCGCGCUCGCCCUCUCCAAACCACGGCAGAAACCGCGACCGGAGCAACCAACGGCACCGGCGCAGCGAUUCCGGCUCACAGUCAGACAACAGCCUUUCCAGUGAUCUUCGACCUCAGCUGUCAAGACGAAACCAGAAAGGUGGUCGCGGGCGUGGCAAUGACAGGGAUCGAGGGCAUGGCGGAGAGAGGGGACGAGGAAGAGGCGGAAAAGCCAGGGGCAGAAAAAACACUGAAGAUUCCAAUACACCCGGUGGUAAGAAGAGAAAAGGUGGUAGUGCUGGUUUGGAUUUCCAUGACCCUGAUAGGGAAGCCAAAAAGCAAAGCAGAGCAGCACGAUUUCAGAAGCAGCUUCGCUCGGAGCCCCUAGUCUUGUCCAUUAGCUCGCUGGACCUGCCUGAUGGGACACAGGAGGGCCUCAGCUGGGAAGACUGUCCCAUUGUCGGGACAUGUCAGGACAUCACCAAGCCUUACCUGAGGCUCACCUGUGCCCCAGACCCCUCCACCGUUCGCCCUAUUCAUGUGUUAAAAAAAUCUUUACAGGCCGUGAAAGCUGACUGGAAGAGCAAACAGGACUACGCUUAUGCCUGUGAACAGAUGAAGUCCAUACGACAGGACCUCACGGUCCAAGGAGUUCGUACAGAAUUCACUGUGGAAGUGUACGAGUGUCAUGCCCGCAUUGCCCUGGAAAAGGGCGACCAUGAGGAAUUCAACCAAUGCCAGACGCAGCUGAAGGCCCUCUACAAGGACAACCCCUCAGAGAACAUCGGCGAGUUUACGGCGUAUCGCUUGUUGUACUACAUCUUCACUAAAAACUCUGGAGAUCUCAUCACUGAACUGGUUUACUUGACUCCGGCGCUUAAAGCAGACGUAUGUGUUGCUCACGCUCUCGCUCUCCGUGCCGCCUGGGCUUUAGGAAACUACCGCCGUUUCUUCAAGUUGUAUCACGACGCUCCACGCAUGGCUUCGUACCUUAUUGACAAGUUUGUUGAAAGGGAAAGAAAGGUUGCACUUCGGGCAAUAGUCAAAACGUUUAGGCCCGAUUUGCCGGUCGAGUAUGUGCAGUCCACGCUAGGCUUCCUUUCUUUAGACUCCUGUAUGGAGUUCCUUACUGGGUUGGGUGUUACAUUCAUCCCCUCAGACCCCCUUAGGAUAGACUGCAAAAGCAGCACCACUGCCCUGGCUGCCUCCUGAGAGGGUGGGAUUGAUUAGCGCCUUAAAAAGGGUGGGGCAGUACAGAUAGACUCAAGCUAGUGCACUUUACGAUACCUCAGCCAUUUUAGAGAGGCAGACCAGCACCUAUAUAGAACAUACUGAAAGUCCCAUAUGAGACAAAAGUUAAAAAUCAGUCAUUUAGCAACGUUAAACACAUGCACACCCAAGUUAUUCACAUUUCAAUAGACAUUACUUUAGUCCCAACACUUGAGAGGCCAUAGUCACGCAUCCAGAUAAGAGAGGGCCAUCGCGCGAUGCGUCCUGUUCCAUUAGCCCUGUCAGAUGUCAACGCUAACAGUGUCCUGUUAUGUUUUCUUCCUUUCCCAAGUCAACAGCUCCAAGACCUCAAGUCUCAAGAAGAAGACACGCUUGACAACGGCAGAACCGCGUUCAGUUCCAAAGAGACUCUUAAAAACAAACAAAGAUCGUCAAGGUUGUCAAGAAGAGAGAAGUUGUGGUUUGUAUUUCUUGUCUACUGCGGCUGAGACGACCUGGUUCCUAAAGGGUUUUGGAUUCUACGCUUCUUCAGAAUUUGGGACUCAAUUUCUGUGUUCAGUCAAGUCAGGAAGCAUGGACUCUUGAAACAGAGCAGUGUUCCUUGUUGAAGUCACCCAAAAGCGAAGAUAGGUGUCCGUGGUCAUCCUCGGUUGGAAACUUCUACUUCAGCUCUUCAUCCACGGUGCCCGUUCAACGUCCAUCUUCAAAUCCGAAGCUGGUCGCGGAACAGCAGCUGAAAGACCAGAGAUGACAACGUCCGGUUUGUAUGCAGCGUCCACGGUUCUCCUGGAAUGCUGGUAAGAGGCGGGACUGCAGAAUGAGAACGAGAAGGAUAUCUACAAAACACCAUGAGGUCCCUCCCAACACCUCAAUUACAUUUCUUCUUCAGGUUGUACAGCAGUAUUUGGCUUCUAAAUUGAUGCCAGAAAAGUAUUGAGGCUCUAGAGAAGUUUCUAAAGGCCUUAAAUGAAUCUAAGUGAAAUUUUUAGCGUAACUAGGAGUCUAAAUUUCACACGAACUGCUGUCUGAAGGUCUGUCACUUAGCCAUGAAAUCCUUAAUAGCUUUCACAUGGCAGAAAUUGAUGCAUUCAAAAACAUUUUCAAGCUUGCUAAGAGGGACUACACAAUCAUAUUUUGGGGGAUUUGAACAGUGUUAUGUACAUUUUUGAGGCAUUUUAAACUCAUUGCAAUUUUUUUUCUAUCAAUGUUGUAAAUAGUGUACGAUAAUUGCUGUGGUUGAAUCUCUGGUUUUGUAGCUUAGGUGUUCCACACAUGGUAAGUGUGUUUAGUUUUCUAUUGCUGUGUGUGUUCGUCUAAGUCAAAGCUAAAAUAAUACAUAUUUAACACCGGCUACCAAAGAUGUAAUGUAGUGGUGGGAAACCUGCGGCAUGUGGGCUGUAAAAUGCCCGAGAGAAUAGUUGCAGGGUCCCCACCCUGAUCUAAAACAAGCACCCUGUUGUGUAAUUGGACUUAUUGUGUCAUGACAACUGAUCUCAACAUUUUUUUUCUUUCCCCUUUUAUUUGACCUGAUCUCUCUACCCUUCCCAAACCUUCCCCGGGGCAUCGCCCCCCAACCCUCUUCAGACGCUAGCACGUGCAUUGCUGGAGCACACGGGGAGAACAUGAGGAGCAAGCUGAGACAAGUGGGAGAGCCGUGAGCAAGUCCAGUCUCACGUCACUUUAAAGCAAAAGUUAGAGUGAGCCUCAUGUCCUGCUAACUAGCCAAAAUGUUUUUUUAUUUACUCCCCUUAACUUUAUUUUAACGUGUUAAUUAAUGAUGUCCCCUCAAGUUGUUUCUGUUUGUCCAGUUUAGUUUUUAAUAUGUGAUGUUUUCUGUUAAAGGGUCCCGAACAAGUAGUUAAUUGAUUUACCUGCUUUCGUAUGGUCACCAAAGAGUUUAAGCUAGGAUUUAACACGUACACAUUUGGAAUGUUUUUUUUCCCCCCCUCCUCUGAAGCCUAGAUCAUGUUUUCAGUAUUUUUGCUCCCAUGUACUAUUGAUUGCUCAUCAGUCUUUUGCCACUUCUUGAUAUCUACUUUCCCCAAACCCAUAAGAACUCAUCUACUCCCAUUCACCUCCUCUCCCUCAUCUUUUCUUUUCUCCUCGAUCACAAGCUUUCUGAUCCCCUGCAUGAUCCGUCUUUCUUCCUUCUCGCUCAUAGAUGUUGUCAUUCAUUUUAUGUUGAGUAUGUUGCGCCUGCACAUAGUCACGGUAGUAAGUAUGGACAUUGCAGCUCACUAACAUAGUUGAAGGUUGUUUGCAAUGCCUCUCCUCUCUUUUCCACGAACAGAUUUUGAUAUCACCAGCAUCUUUGUAAAUUUUGUGUAAAUAUCCGCUCCUUUUGAAGAAUAUAAUAAAAACGUAAAGAGCAGCAAUUUGUGCCGUCGUUUUUGGUGUGAAGAAUAGGAUGAGACUUGCGUUUGGCCUCAAAUGUUUUAUUGUGAAUUUUUUGUGUAUUGCCUUGAGGAAUUGCCAGUGACAAAUGGGUUAUCACUUUUUGCAUGGUGAUAUUUUGGCCCACUGUAGUUGAAUACUUUUGGGGGGGGAAUCCUUCACAAUAAUUUGGGGGGUAGAACAAGAAAAAGCCAUAAGCUUUGCAAGAGUUUAAAAAAAAAAAAAAAAAAAAAAAAAAGACAACUUGUGAAGCUGUUUCACAUGUUAGUGUUAUGAAUACUAAGCACAUCUACAAAGAAAGCUAAGAAGAAUACAUGUAGGAAACAAGCUGGCAAAUUCAAGCUCAGAAGAAGCAAACUCGAAUAGAAAUGGAAAUGUAAAGCGUCUAAGCAGAGAAAUUGAGAAUAAAGCAUGCACGGAAAGCCGUAGACAAGGUCAAAACAUGACAAGUAGGAAAAAAGCUGUAUUUAUAAAGGGAGGAGCAAUAGUUAAAUCAUUAUUGUAUAUAUACUGCAUAG